CGAGGCGAGACGAGACGCAGUAGCAGGCAACAUCUGGGGCGGAGCAAAGCUGCUCUCGCGGGCUUAAAUGAUAGACGAACGUAUUUACCUGCCUUCCGAAGAUUUGGAUCGUCAUCAUGGCUGCACUCACCACUCUGUUCUGCUUGCUGCUCCUCGUGGCUGUUUCUACAACGUUGCAGCCACUGUUCGAGCCACCUCCACUGGCAGACAAAUGCGAGUGCACGAGCGGCGGCGACUUAGACAGCCAGUACGCGCAGCUCGCCUGCCAGGAGCGGGGCAAGGUGACGGUCGCGGCGGAGGACACGGCCGACUGCGAGAACGCAAACAUCACGCAAGUGAACAUCAGCUACAACGCGCUGCUCGCUUAUCCAGAUAUCUUCCCACACGCCUCCUUGGUUGACGCAUCGCAUAACCGCAUUCAGACGAUGCCCGAUUCCACACACAUUCCAUUAAACGUGGAGAGGUUAGACCUGUCAUGGAACCGCAUCUACCUGACGAGCAACGAACUGCAGAACAUGUCCCGUUUGGAGAUCUUGCGCAUCGCACAAAACGAGUUUACCUCCCUCCAAUUUCUGCCCGACCCCUGUCGUCUCAAAGAGCUGGACGUGUCCUUUAACGACAUUGAAAGCAUCGAUGGUCCUUUGAGUCAAUGCAUCAACCUCGAAAGGCUCGAUCUCUCCUACAACAAAAUUCGAUCGCUCCCUUCGAGUACGAUCGGUCAUAUGAGGAAACUUCAGUACCUCGAUCUGACUCGUAACAAGGUAGCCCCGUUCCCCACGGACAUGUUCGCAAACCUCGUGCAGCUGAGGCGCCUGUAUUUGAAUGAAACUAACCUGGAGAGCGUGCCCGACGGUUUCUUCAACUCUUUGUCGCUCUUGCUCAAACUCGGUCUCUCAAGGAACCAACUCACCACCCUUUCCGCUUCCGCCUUUACGGGCCUUGGGAAUCUCAGGCUCUUGGACCUAGCUGCGAACGACUUCAAGGUUUUUCCGUCUGAGGCUCUUGCACCACUCACCCUACUUCACACACUCAACUUCUCAGCCAACGGUUUGACCGCUUUACCCGCCGAUGCUCUGUCACCUUUCACGCGUUUGAAAAUGGUGGAUUUCUCGCACAACGCCUUAACACACGUGUCCCCGCAAAUGUUUCGAGAAUUCAGAGAUCUUACACAUAUAAUCCUCAAAGGCAACCAGUUGUCUGUUUUACCUCGAGAUCUUCUAGUCUCCACUCCGUCACUUUAUUAUUUAGAUUUGUCUUAUAACUACUUCGAGAGUUUACCGCUUGAAGAAUUGGCUGAAGCGACAAACUUAAGACUCUUCAUAUAUGCAGGAAAUCGUUUA